GGGCAGGACAUGUGGAUGCUUCCUCGGGAAGACACGAACGCGACAGAGAACACAGCUCGUGUACCGUGCGCGCGUGUUUGCAGCUGGUUUGUGUAUGAGUGGAGGGCUGGUUUGCUCUUAGUAAAAAGUCCAGAGCUCCAGUAUUGGACCCGUGUGCACCCGCGCUCGGUUAUUUGGCAGCCGCCCCCCACCACACCCCACUCUGAGAGCACACUGCUCCUGGAACACAGCAGCAGCAGCAGCAGCUCCUCUCUCACAGCCGGUCAGCAGCGCGUGAACGCCGUGCGCCCCUGACGCGCUCACUCUCUCUCUCUCCAAUUCAGGAUGGACUCGUCUCCGCUUCACCUCUACCACUGACACCGCGGUACCUCGGUUGGACAUUCCUGUGCAAGGGGGUUAGAUCUGAUCCCCUUUCCGCUGUUUCGCCUUUCCACUGGGUGUUUUUUUUAUUUUGGGUUGAACACACUCAUCUCCGGACUCCGAGAUGGGAAUGUAUCUCCAUGUGGUGCUUUUGCACUGCUAUCUCGCCUCGAGUUUCUUGUGCAACGCCGUUGCCUUCGUGGAGGAGCCCGCCGGCGGCAGGUUGGACGGUUACUGCGGGCGGAUCCUCCGGGCGCAGACCCAGGGGACCCGAAAGGAGGGGCACCACGAGUUCAGGAUCAGAGUCGAGGGGGACCCGGAAAGCUACCAGCCGGGCAGCACUUACAGAGUGGUCCUUCUGGCAACCAGCCCCUCUUAUUUCCGGGGAUUCACCCUCAUCGCGCUGAAGGAGGGCAGGGAGGGCACCAUGGACAACGACUACAUCGGCCAGUUUCAGAACAUUGAUGAGGAGGACACACAGUUCAUGACCAACUGUGCUCCUGCUGUGACGGAAAGCACCCCCCGCAGACGCACCAGGAUACAGGUCUUCUGGACGGCGCCGCCCACCGGGUCUGGCUGUGUUAUAAUGAAGGCCAGUAUUGUCCAGAAGAGGGUCAUUUAUUUCCAGGAUGAAGGCUCUCUCACUAUUCGACUGUGUGAGAAAGAGCAUGUGUUCGGCGAGGCUACUGCAGCUCCUGCAAUGGAGUGCUGCGCCUGCGGUACAGCAAAGUACAGACUCACCUUCUACGGCAACUGGUCAGAGAAAGUACAUCCCAAAGACUAUCCGAGACGGGCCAACCACUGGUCGGCUCUGAUUGGCGCGUCUCACUCCAGAGGCUAUGUGCUAUGGGAGUAUGGGGGCUACGCCAGUGAGGGUGUCCGCCAGGUUGCUGAGUUCGGCUCCCCCAUCAAGAUGGAGGAAGAGAUUCGACAGAAGGGAGAUGAAGUGCUUACUGUCAUCAAGACUAAGGCUCAGUGGCCGGCAUGGCAGCCGCUCAACUUGCGAGCAGCUCCAUCAGCUGAGUUUUCUGUUGACCGGACCCGUCACCUAAUGAGCUUCCUCACCAUGCUGGGGCCUAGCCCAGACUGGAAUGUGGGGCUGUCGGGAGAGGACCUCUGCACCAAGGAGUGUGGCUGGGUCCAGAGGCUCGAGACUGACCUCAUUCCCUGGGAUGCAGGCACCGACAACGGUGUAACAUAUGAGUCUCCCAACAAGCCAACCAUUCCUCAGGAGAAGAUCAGACCAUUGACCAGUUUGGACCACCCCCAAAGCCCGUUCUACGACCCAGAGGGAGGGGCAAUUACCCCUAUAGCCAAGCUAGUGGUGGAACGAAUCGCCAGAAAGGGAGAGCAGUGCAACGUGGUGCCGGACACCAUAGACGACAUUGUUGCUGAUAUUGGACAAGAAGACAAGGAGGAAGAUGACACACCAGAAACGUGCAUCUACUCAGGGUGGUCUCCCUGGUCAGCCUGUAGCAGCGCAACAUGUGAAAAGGGACGCAGGAUGAGGCAGAGGAUGCUGAAGGCCCAGCUGGACCUCAGUGUGCCGUGUCCCCACACCCAAGAUUUCCAGCCCUGCAUGGGGCCGGGAUGCAGCAUUGAGGAGCCAUCGACGUGUAUGAUGUCUGAGUGGAUCAGCUGGUCGGCCUGCAGCGUGUCCUGUGGGAUGGGGAUGAGGUCUAGAGAGCGUUACGUCAAACAGUACCCUGAGGAUGGCUCGCUCUGCCAGCUCCAGACUGAGGAGACGGAGAAGUGUGUCGUCAACGAAGAAUGCUCACCCAGCAGUUGCGUGGUGACCGAGUGGGCUGAGUGGGACCCCUGCAGCGUCACCUGUGGCUUGGGCAUGAGAAGACGCGAGCGCAUGGUGAAGAUGCCCCCUACAGACGGAUCAAUGUGCAAGACAGAGGUGGCAGAAGUGGAAAAAUGCAUGAUGCCAGAAUGCCACAGCUUCCCGUGCAUGCUAUCGCCCUGGUCCGACUGGGGCGAGUGCAGCGUGACGUGUGGGCGGGGCUUACGAACACGUCAGAGGAUGCUGAAGUCGGAUCCCACCGGGUGCUCCGAGGAGCUGGAGCAGACAGAGAAAUGCAUGCUGCCAGAGUGCCCCACUGACUGCAUGGUCUCUGAAUGGUCCGAGUGGUCUGAGUGCAAUAAGUCCUGCGGCAAAGGACACACCAUCCGGACCCGUAUGGUCAAGCUGGAGCCUCAGUUCGGGGGCAGCGCUUGUCCCGAGACCAUCCAGAGGAAGAAGUGCAAAAUCCGAAAGUGCCGGACGAAAGCGAAAGAGGAGAGAGGAGGAGGAGCAGGAGGAGGAGGAGGAAGUAGGGGCACAGGCGGAAGGGCAGGAGGGGGUCCGAGAAGGAGACGAGGCAAACAGGGAAGAGACGCUGUGGCCGAGGAGCAGCCAGGUUGCAGGAUGCAGCCGUGGACUGCCUGGACGGACUGCACCAAACUGUGCUCGGGGGGGAUCCAGGAGCGCUUCAGGAGCGCAAAGAAAAGAGCCAAAGGUGCCCUGGCGGCCGGUUGCAAGGACCGAAAGGAGGUCCGCGCCUGUAACGUCCAUCCCUGCUAGGGGGUUUGGGGGUAAAGCGGUGUUACUACUGAGCAACAGAGGAGCGGGGGGGGGUCGGAGGUGGCGCCGGGUUAAAUGCUUGAGGCAGUAAAAUAUGGGUUUGAGUUUUGUGUACAGGGAGGUGAAAGGGGAGAGGAUGGCCGAGUUUGAAACUUUUGGUUACAAGGGAUGAGUUGAGGUAAGAGGAGGACAUGAUAUGUUUAGUAAAGCCGCUGUAGGCAUUUAGUUUCCAGGGCUUACAUUUAACAUGGUAUCAGAGACAAAAGUCUGUGUCCUGCAACAAAAAAAAAAACAGAUAUAAAAAAUACACGAAAAAACUACAG